AUGUCUGAGGGUGAACAGCCUCUCUGCCCUGCAUGCAGAGAAGUUGACAUAGACGGUCAGCUCGAGGAGCGCUCUAAUGACCCAGGUAUCCGCCUCGGCAAAUUUUGUACCAUCAUCAAUACGACUGACUGUGUGCUCUGCUGGAUAGUCACAGAAGCUAUGUCGCCUAUUCUAACUGAGUCCCUGCUAAAAUAUGCCGAGGGCAAAGAGGAUACUCUUUUCGUAUACUUAACCCCAUCCGACACCUUUUCUGCCCUCAAUAUUUCUUUACGAUUCUUUAAUUCAAAUGAGACGUCCAGUGGUAUCGAAAACUCGAUUUGUUGGGAUGCCCAGCCAUUUCGACCGUCGUUACACGUUGACAUGAACUAUCUACACAAGAGUAGACUGUUCAGCAGCGAAAAGCAACGUCCAUGUUUCUCCGCUAGGAUGCUCCCGCAGGAAACCUGCGACUUCGACUUAAUACGGCGUCAUCUAGACAAUUGUAUAGAGCACCACAAAAGUACCUGCGGGCGGAAUUGUACCAUACUCAUCGAGGCGGAGGAUAGCUCACUUGUGUCAGACCAGUGGCCACUUAACCUUCGCGUCAUUGACGUGGAAGAGAUGCGAGUGACUGAUGCACCACUGGGCUGUAGUUACAUCGCAUUGUCCUAUGUAUGGGACAAGAGCCCUCCCAGCAAACCUUUCGAGGAAAUUUGCGUAUCUGGAGGCUUGAAAGAGUCGGAAUUACCUCAGACUAUCGUAGACGCGAUCAACGUCUGUCGGCAGUUGAGCGAGAAGUAUCUCUGGGUUGAUGCGCUUUGCACCAUCCAGAAUGACGAGGAUGACCGCUCCUUACAAAUAUCUCAGAUGGAUAAGGUCUAUAUCUUCGCAACAGCGACCAUUGUAGCGGCUUGUGGGGAUGAUCCAAGUCAAGGACUAUCCUGCUUACGCUCCCGUGACCCUCCGCAGGUCGAUUGCUAUGUUCGGGGAAUCCACUACAUCGCUAGCGGACCUCCUCUAAGGCGUCCCUUAGAAAAGAGCCGGUGGAACACAAGAGGAUGGACCUACCAAGAACUCAAAUUAUCUCGAAGGCUCAUAAUAUUCACAUCCAUCCAACUGUACUUCGCCUGCGCUGAGGACACGAUUGCUGAAGAUACUGUACAAUGUAUCUCUGGUUAUCGGCAGACAUCGAAAUCGGAUAUGCCGGUGUGGUCCAUACUGAAAGAUCCUCUCAUUGCAUCGUGCUGGGACCUUUACAAUAUCGCAAUCGCAGAAUUCACCAAACGGAGCCUCACCCUUGGCUCGGAUCGACUUCCCGCUAUUUCCGGGCCUUCUGCGUCUUCAAGAAGAUUUGACAAGUGGCCUAGUUGGAGCUGGGUAGGAUGGACAGACCAAGCGUGGAACCCAGCUAGCAAAGCAGUUGGUGCUCAGUGGGGACGAGCGCAAAAAACAUUUGUGACAACUCUCAAAAAUCUGAGGUAUCGCGGAACGGACGGCAAAAGGAUAGCCAUAGACCAGGCGCCUUCAGAUGACCAGAUUAUGAGCUGGCUCGACUACGGCUUGUUUGGACUUUGCCGUGACAAACAUAAGGCCGUUAACCAAGCCGCUUCUCCAACUUGUGAGGACGAAAUUUUUGGCCAUCUCUUGUUUACAGCGCAGUCGAGACCUCUGUCGAUUGUGCCAGAAAGCAAUCCUCCCGAGGACUCGAAGCUCCGCAGAUAUCGCAUUCUUGACGAUAACAAUUGGAUUGGUACCGUAUUCCUGACCCGUGAAUGUGCAGCGUCUUAUCCAAGCACGACGCACGACUGCAAAUUUAUCCGGUUAACUAAAUGCAGCAUAAAGGCCGGCGAGCUGGCGUCCAAUUUGCUCGAGGGCCUCGGAGACUGGAGCACAUCCCUUUCAGACGACAUGCUCAAUCCGAAGGCCGGUGAGCGAGCAAUCUUUGACCCUCUGUAUUACCAACCCGCCAAGUCUAGGAGAAUUUCAAGGGUUGGGAAGAGCCGCCGCCGUCGUAGGAGUUACAAAUCCAAACCACCUACUAUACACCUGAGCCACGUUAUGCUGCUAGAAAGUAAUGGUGAUUCUGUUUAUCGUAAAGCCGUUGGACUAAUCGUUCAAAAUGGGCCUGGCUGGCCCGAGAGCGACUUUUGUCUAGGAUAA